UGCGUUCCACUCACUCUCGGCGCCGCCCGGGGAGGUGGGGCCCGGCCAUGGCUGCCUCCAACCCUUGGGACUCGACUUCCGAGCCCAAUGCCGCCGGACUACUGCUGAGCCAUUUCCUGGCUUCGGGGAUGGUGACUGAGGAGAUGUUAAAUAUAUCGAAGAAGCCAGCUUCUUGCUUUGUGAAUUUUUCCAGAAGACAACAGAUUAUAAAUAUUCAAACUGAAAUCUCCCAGAAAAACCUGGAAAUCGAACUCCUAAAACUAGAAAAAGAUACAGCAGAAUUUGUUAAUCCUUCACUGUUAGCCAAGAAGUGUCAUGAUUUGCAAAGCAUGAAUAAUCAUUUGGAAGCCAUGUUAAAAGAGAAGCGGUCCCUCAGAGAGAGACUGUUAAAACCCACGUGCCAGGAAAACCUGCCCAUUGAAGCUGUUUAUCACAGAUAUAUGGUACAAUUGCUGAAGUUGGCAGUGUCUUUCAUUGAAAGAUUAGAAGCACAUCUUGAAACAAUCAGAGAUACCUACCCACAUUUAGAUGCAAACCUCAGGAAAAUGAGCAAAGCUCUAGAAAAGAUGGAUAUUUUGGUGACAAAGACAGAAGAACUGGCUGAGAAUAUACUCAAAUGGCGAGAAGAACAAAAGGAAGUUACUUCUUAUAUCCCCAAAAUAGUAUCUGAAGAAACUUUUCUUCAUAAACAUGACAUACUCAUUCCUACUUUGCCUUUCACUUCUGAAAUUCAUAUUCAAACUAGUAAUAAGUGAUUGUCAACUGCUUAUUCUUAUUAUAUGUAGUUAUGUGAUGUUUGUUUCUGUUCAGUAGUAGCAUAGAUACUUACAGGUUUUACUAUUUGAAAGGGUCUUCUUCAUAUUGAAGUACUAAGAUUCUAAGGUCAUUAAGAAAAACUGAAUUUCCCUUUGUUUUUAUAUCUUAAUCCCACUUUUUUCUCUUUACGAGAGCAUUGCUCAACUCUGGCUGAUGGUGGUACUAGGGAUUGAACCUGGGACCUACAGCCUCACGUAUGAAACUCUUGUAUAACCAUUCUGCUGUUUGCCCAGUCCUUAAUCCCAGUUUUCAAUGAAACUAGUAAACAUCAAUUAUAGUUUAACUGUGACAAUUUAUUAACAUGAAGACAUAAUAAAAUUUCAGGCUGCAGAUUCUA